AUCAGGGAGCUGGGACUGGUUCCUACCACCUUCCUGAGCCCUGAGCUCUUGCUUCUCUCUCUGCAGCAGUACCAGCCGGCUCCCUGAUCCUGCCAUCCAGCCAGCUCCACAGGCACCAUGAGGAGCACCAUGCUGUUCGCGGCCAUCCUGGUGCUCUGCUUGGCUGGCAGCUUCGGGGCUGUCUGUGAGGAGUCUCAGGGGCAGGUGGUGCCUGCUGGGAGGCACAGCGAGGACUCUGGCCUCUAUCAGCUGCCCCAGUCUUUGCUGCGGAGACUCUAUGACAGCCGCUCUGUCUCUCUGGAAGGAUUGCUGAAAGCGCUGAGCAAGGCUAGUGCAGGACCUAAGGAGACAUCACUUCCUCAGAAACGUGACAUGCAUGAUUUCUUUGUGGGACUUAUGGGCAAGAGGAACAGCCAGCCAGACACUCACACUGAUGUGGCUGAAGAGAAUACCCCCAGCUUUGGCACCCUCAAAUAGGCCCCCGGUGCAGAAGAAGCACUCUGCUCUGGACCCCGACUUCCUCACGAAGACAGUCCCCCGACUAAUUCCAGCGCAUGCUCUCUGGUUUCCCUUGCUUUCCCAUCUCCUCUUGGCUCU